AUGAUCCACCCUAUGAUCUCAACGACCCCACAUUCGGCAGCAACAGUUCGGAAGGGGCGCUCAUCCGCCUCUAUUGCUGCUGCUACUGCCAGCAAUCCCGAAUCCGACUCGUUUUCGUAUAUCGAGACCCUGCUGGAAGCCUUCGCAGUGCUGGGCAAGCUGGGUAUCUUUACACUCGACGAAGUCGAGGAGCGUGCAGAGUACGGCCGCUCCCGUUCAACGUCCACAUCCAAAGCAGCAUGGAAAGUCUCCAAUCUUCGUCUCGUCGCGCUCGAGUCUUCCGCCAAGCAAGUCGACCACGAAGUUCUGAAAGACUUUUUCUGGACGACUUACUCGAUGCCGUAG